GGUCCUGUCUCUGUCUUUAGGAGCCACAUGCAGCGCAGACAGUGUUAACGAGAUACGGUGUCACGUGGUGUCUGUGUGGUCAAGUGCAGUUCCCCUGUGAGAGAAACACCCAACUGCCGCAGCAAAGCCCCUCCCCUGACCUCUCUGAACUACAGCACCGAAGUGGCCCAGCCAAUCAACACUGUGCUCAAUCCGACCCAGCCAAUCGGCACUGCCCUCAAACCGACCCAUCCAAUCGGCACUGUGGUCAAACUGACCCAUCUAAUCAGCACUGCCCUCAAACUGACCCAUCUAAUCAUCACUGCCCUCAAACCAACCAUCCCAAUCAGCACUGCCCUCAAACCCGUAUUUGGGGAUGAUUACGUCACUCUGAUACCAUGGAAACACAGGAUAAUGAAACCACCAGGCGCCCCCCACCCCCCCUUCCCACUGCAUCAGUAAACCCCAGAAAGAGAGCCUGUGUCCCUGCAUCGCCCUCUCAGGCCCCUGCAGCCCAGCGCCUGGGCUCCCCUGUGCUGUGUUAAGGGGAUUAGAGAGCAGAACAUCACCCUUAAUCCUGCCUCCCAUUCAAGAUUACAUAAUGCCUCCUUAAUCCCAGCUCCCUUCACAGAGAGAGAGCAAGAGAGGGAGAGCGUCUUUCAACCCCACGCCACACCGCAAACGAGGAGGCUGGGGCUUGGCCAGGGGUUCCAUUUUGAAUGCGGAGAGAGAGAGACGGAGCUAGAGGGCUGAUUCUGGAGCUCUGCUCGCAGGACGACGGCCAUACAAGUCAAAGAGCGUGAGGAAGACUUGCAGAUUCAGAAACAAGGCCCCGGGCUCGGAUUGGCUCUUUAGCCCUUUGAAUUGGUUAAGGGAGCUCCAGGAUGAGUGGAGUCAGUGGAGUGACCUUCAGGAGCUGUUCCUGAAGCAGGAGGACCCUACCUGUGCAGAAUGACAGCGGUGUGUGUGAACAGGGGGUCUGCUCUGGGGGGCACCACCAGCAAGAAAUGCCAGAUGGGCUCAGCCCCCCGGCCGGCCGCGGGGGGGCCGCCCCGCCCCCUGACCCCCCUGCAGCAGCUCAACCUGGCGCUGUGCGAGGAGACCAUGCUCCGCGAGGUCGCCGUGGGCCGCCGGCUCGGCCUGUACAAGGUCCGGGGAGAGAUCGGCCGGGGGAGCUUCUCCAGAGUCAAACUGGGCCUCCACGCCCUCACUGCAGAUAAAGUGGCCAUAAAGGUGCUGGAUAAGACCCGUCUGGACCAGCACACGCUGCGGCUCCUGUCCCAGGAGGUCGACAGCAUGGAGCGGCUGCACCACCCCAAUGUCAUUCGCCUGUAUGAGGUGCUGGAGACACCAUCCCGCCUCCACCUGGUCAUGGAGUACGCCUCGGGGGGCGAUCUCUUCACCAAAAUCAGCACCGCCGGCAAACUGUCCGACUCCAACAGCAAGAUCGUCUUCAGGCAGAUCCUCUCUGCCGUCAACCACAUGCAUGAGAAAGACAUCAUCCACCGGGACCUGAAGGCGGAGAAUGUGUUCUACACAUGUGGAGGCUGUGUAAAGGUGGGCGAUUUCGGCUUCAGCGCGGUGUGUGGGCGGGACCAGACCCUCAGCACGUUCUGUGGCUCCGCCCCCUACGCCGCACCGGAACUGUUCCAGGAGCAGGGGUACGAGGGGCGGCCGGUGGACGUGUGGGCUCUGGGCGUGCUCCUGUUCUUCAUCACCACCGCCGCCAUGCCCUUCCGUGCCCACACCGUGCCCCUGCUGAAGCAGUGCAUCCUGGGAGGUGCCUACGCCGUCCCCCCUGGUGUCCCCGCCCCCUGCCAGCGGCUCAUCCGUGCCAUCCUGCGCCCGAACCCCGCCCACCGCCCCACCCCCGACCAGAUGAGCGGAUGCGAGUGGCUCCUGUCCGUCACCUCGCCCCGGCCAAUCAGGCCCUUCCGCCUCAACCCGCAGUUCCUGGCACAGCCAGGCGAGCUGGACGAGGUGGAGCUGGAGGUUCAGGCCGCCCUGGAGGACCUGGGCAUCACCGCCCAGCACAUCCGCAACAACCGGCAACCCAGCCAGCAGAGCAACCUUACCGGGGUGUACCGCAUCCUGCUACACCAUGCCCACAAGCGGCGAGACCUCGAGGCCCCGCCCACUAUCCUGCUCCCCGUCACCAACCCUCGCCAGGACUGGAUCUGCGCCUACAGACACCUGUACCACACCUCUCAACUCUGUACCAUCACCUAAACACUCACCUGUACCUGUACCACACCUCUCAACUCCGUACCAUCACCUAAACACCUGUACCACACCUCUCAACUCUGUACCAUCACCUAAACACUCACCUGUACCAUACCUAUCAACUCAGUUCUGCUCAUAUUUUAGUUCAAUCAGACAGCAAUGAGUUAAGCAGUAUUUAUUGAGGUUUAAUGUGAAUGCACACUUUGGCUUCAGCUGAAGCUGUUUGCCUUUCAUCACUCCCUGUUGUGAAGCCUGCUGAAACAGCAAGUGGCUACAAAGCCUCCCCCCUCACAGGGAUCUUGAGAAGCAGAGAGGGUGGUGAUGGGAGCACUAAGAUUUUGAAGGCAUCAAUUAGGAAUAGCAGGAGAAUUUGGGCAAAAGCUGCUUGCGAAAGUGGCAAUAGCAUGCAAUAUGGGCAAAGGCAGCAUUCCAAAACAGGCAGUGCAGCAGAAAGAGCCAGGCGUUAGCCUGCAGAAUUAACCAGGCAGCAGGGCAGCUUUGUAUGAUUGCAUCAGGGCAGAGGCGGCAACAGCUAGCAGGCAGCAUAGCAUGGCAGAGCGUGCAAAAUGAGCAAGGCCCUAAACAGGUAAGGUUGGUGCUUUAUAUAGCCCCUCCCAUUAGACGUAAGCGUCAUGUGAGGGGGCGGUGCUUCUCAAGCGGUCUGCAGGCUACGCAUCAUUUAUACCCUACUGUAUGAAGGUAUGUCCAGAUUCAUUUAUACCCUACUGUGUUAUGUUAUGUCCAGAUGGCAAUUGGAUACAUUCGAGAGAAAUACCA